UCGCCAAAAACGUCUUACCGAUGUUUAAGCGCUAAUUAAAGUAAUGCGUAGUAUAUCUCCUUCAAGGAAUUUGGUUUAUGCGUGGAGCGUUUCCCAUCCGUUUGUUACCACAACACAAUGACUGUAUCAAACGCAUUGCUGCUCACUACCCGAUGACUAGAUUAGGUGAAUGAGGUUAGUGUCAUCAGUCUAGAGAUGUUAAAUUGUAGCUACACAGUAGUGUAGGAGGUUGGCCAGUUUGUUUGUGGUUUCGGUAUCAUUGCAUUUUGUGUAGAUAACUAAUUAGGUAGCUACAUCCGCUUCUUUCCUGCUGCUUGCUAACUAUGGGCAUACACAUCUACAAUAAUACACGCAUAAAGCCACGCAUAGGUUUCGUAGUUUCGCUCUCUAGAGAAAGACGUAAGUCAUGAAUUAGUCAACAAAAGGAUAGACAGAGAGAUAUGCACAUCCUUUCUAGUCACGUGAACGGCACCCCACCUCAUUAUCUACUAGGUACGCCGCAUAGGCGUCAGCAUUCACACCGGCUUCUCAUUUGUCUUCUUCUCUUCUGGUAUGGAGGAUGUCGACCGCGCCCGUUUGCUCCGGCAUCGCGUCUACUUCGUCAAGAACGUCGACGCGCGUCGUCUGUACACUUCUCUGCAGCAGGAGGACGUUCUAACGAGCGACGACUGCGAGAUCAUCGAACGUGAGGGCCGCACGUUCAAGGAGCGCGCUGAGAUGCUGUUGGACACUCUCACGCGUAAGGGUCCGCGAGCUUUCUCGUCGCUCUGUCGCGCACUGAGGCCGACCUAUCGAUUUGUGUUGAACAAUCUCGGACUGUCUGCAGACGAGCUGCGCGCUCUCGACGUGGAAAACGAAGAUGGCUACUAUACACUUCGAAGAUCCAACAGCGAAGAUCGUCUUCCCUCAACUCUAUCUCCCACAAACGACUUUGCCGACUUCAGCAUGCGUUGUGCAGCUGGCCGACUACAAGAGCAAAUAGAAAUGGUGGAAUUUGUUCGCGUAGAGAGAGACCAACUGUUGUCCCAGCUCGCCGAACGAGAACAAGAUCUAGUCGAGUUGAAUCAAGCGAGGACAUGUUUAAUGAAAUUUGAACAGUCGGGUAAACAACUACAACAAGAGAGAGACGUCGCUCUAGAGCAAUUGGCUCAGUUGAAAGGCCAAUACGAUAUAAUCUACAGUCAAUAUCAGGAAGCUAAAGACAGCAACCACAAGCUGAAGGAAGAUCUUCAUUCGCAGUCGGGCGGCGUCGAGACAAGCGUAUUGAAGCGUCUCUGCUCGGAGACAUCGGCAAAGUUCGAAAUCGAGAAAGCCAAUCACAUGGACACGAAGUUUGAGUUGAACGAGCUGCGUGCCAAACAUGAACGCGUAUGCAGAGAGCUGGAGCAACUGCAAGAAAUGAAGGACAACAUGACAACCGACAUUGAGGAACUACGAGGCAGUCUUCGUAAGUCAGAGGCCGAGAAUCGAUUUCAGAGGACGACAAAGUCGUUGAAAGGCGGGUUCGACAGUUUGACGUUAAGCAGGACGCCGUCGUCGAAACAUUUGGCUUCGAAGCUACAGCAGCAGGUAGCAUUGCUCAAGUGGCAAAACCAUCAGUACCAAGUGCAGCUUGAAGAAGCAAACGUGGAGAGUGUGAGAGUGAACGAACAAUACAAUGUUGCUCGCCACGAGCACCAGCAAACGAGAGAUGAACUCGACUCUAAAAUCCAAGAGCUAUUCAAAGCUCGUCAUGAUCACAACUUCGUCGUUGAACAAUUGAAAAACCUCAACACAGACCGAGAGGAACUAUGCGGCCACUUGCAGGAAUUAGAACUCGCGUGGCAAGAUGCAAAACAACAAUGUCAAGAUCUUUACGAAGAAUGCGGCUCUAUCACUGUGCACUUGAAGACGGCAGAACAGGAACUCGAGCGGCUGCGUGUCGAUUUUGAACGAGCCAAUCGGGACUUAGCGUACGAGCGCGGCGCACGGCUGGAAGCCGUUCGUGAAGGCAUGAGUCACCAGAGCAACAUUGACCAAAAGUAUCGGCAGAAGAACGAACUGAAAUCGAAGCUGAGGUCACAGCAGAGGAUAAACCAUCGACUUCAGAGAGACAAAAGUGGAUUGCAGAGUGUUGUGCAUCGGACUCAGAAUCGAUUGGAUAAAGCGAGAGAGAAGAUGAGUAUGUGUGUUGAUCGGCAACAGGAUAGUGCGGACAUGGGAGAGUCGUGUAAAACGAAUCGGUGGAAAGUCGAGCCGUCGAUCGUGAGGGUUACGGUGAAUGGUGCAGUGUUGCCUGGUGUCAACUUGCAGUGGGCUUUAGUCGUAACGACUAUUGGUGAGAAUAGUCCGGUGGUCGGCAGUCUCGCAAUAGGAGACAGAAUCGUGAAGGUAAACGAUAAAUGCGUGAGCGAGCUACCUAUCGGGUCUAUAGAAAAAGGACUUCUUGUUGGUCAUUCAAGAAUCAGUCAGCUUAUACUAUCAGUCGAGCAGCCGACUCUCCCCGGAUGUGAUGAGGCAUUGGCUAUCCUUCAAGAGCCGUCGUUAAUUAGCGACGACUCGUUGAGAAACUCCGAUCACAGCCUGACUCCGAGUUUGAGUGCCGAGAAUCAUCAUGGCACGGGAUUGACGACCCUGUCGUCGUGUUCACCGUUUCAGGACACGUUGCCGAACAGAUGCUCAUUGGCCAGUUCGUUGUCGAGAUUCAACGGAAUCACCAACACGGAUUUGCACAUUUCGCAGUCGAGAAGCACAGCCGGAGACGAUAGCAUUGAUGGCAGUCUUACCGCUGGCUCUGCGAAGGUGCAACCGAAAAGUGGUACUAGCCAUCUGCUGUAUGUGCAACCGUAUCGUGGAUUCACAAGUGCAGUCAGUUCUCCUGUAGACGAGAGCGUGCACACGUUUCCUCGACGCUCUCCAUCACCUCAACUGACUUCGAUGCAAUUCAAGAGUUUACCCACAGCGUUACCGUCGACGACUAAUCGAUUGGUUCGGGAAGCGUCGCCGAUCACAGUACAACAGUCUGUGUGGAAACAAAAAUUGAGACUGGGUGAUGACUCGGGGGCGUCGUCAUCCGACGAGUCGUGUCUACAACACAAAUUUACAGCCAAUCAGCAACAACGUCAGUCUAUCCCAAAUAUGGCCAACACUCGUAAUCAAAAUUACGUCAACAUAUCGGAGCUCGAAGGUAGGAACACAAACUGUGUCGAUCAGAACAAUGCUAAUUUGGAGGAUUCCGUUGUUUUACGUACUCGAUCGCCAUCGAUGAAGGUUUUACGCUCGACCGAGUCGGUUGUUGUUCAGCACUGUUCUUUGAGUGACUCGCAUGUUGAUGAGAAUGGGUUUCUCAAUGCUCCGGCGUUUUCGGGUGUUGGGUUUAGCUCGUGUAAUGGAACUGGUCAGCAACGUCGAGAGACUCAAUUUUCGGGGAGUGAGUCGUCGUCUACUACUGAUAAGGAUACUACGGAUCAGAAGAAUGAUGUGUUUGGUGAUGAUGAUAAGGACAUUACAACCAGCCCUACUACCGACAGGAAACAAUUUUCCAGAGGCCAAGUAAUAAGGAUGAAGGAAGUCGUGAGGCCACGUCGCAGAGCAACAGUACCCGACACUCAAUGCUUAUCGACAGCCCCACUGGAAGCAACAAUGGCAACACCGACUGAAAACCAAACUAAAAACUGGAUCCAGAAAAUGGAAGUUCCCGUCUUCCUACCAAACCAGAAGCUUCGAACGUCACGAUUGCAGGAUCCGAACUGCCGGACAUUCAGCAUCGAUUGCGGUGCAGUCGGAGACUCGGGAGUCAGGUUGAAAGGUGGGCGUGGCAAUGGCAUUUUUAUAAAGUCAAUCACAUCAGGAAGCCCGGCAUCGCAAUGUGGUCUUCUUCGUGUCGAAGACGAGGUCGUUGGGGUGGAUGGGAGAGAUUUAAGUAUGGCGACGCACGAAGAGGCAUUGCUGUGUCUCAAUUCGUGCCGAUCCGUUUCUCAGCUGACAAUCAACACGAGCUCUGUGAUGAGUUCAGAUGUGAAUGGACGAGACAAAUUUUUUGUCAGAGUGUUGUUCAGCCAUUCCAAUCAAACUUGCAACGACAUGAUGCUGCUGUACGGUGAUAUCCUGUGUGUCAUAGACACCGUCUAUCGUGAUCAAGUAGGCAUGUGGUAUGCAUACAAGUUGUCUAAUUCGGGCACAGUUCUCGAGCAGGGAUGCAUACCAAGCAGCCAACGAGCGACUCAACUUGCGAGCAAUAACAAGCAAUGCACGAUGACUCCUCCAACUCCACGACGUUACAUGUUUAGCAGCAUUUUGCGUUCGAAGUCGGGUGACAUGAGCACGGAUCGUGGCAAGAACAGUUGGGUACCUGGAUCCGUCAUAAUGGACCUCAACAUUUGUGGCUACAGUGUUGCUCCAACCGCGAGAUUUCCGAACAACAAAUCAACGGGUUCUUACUGUUGCGUCGAAUUGUCGUCGUUCAAGUUUUCUCGUCCUGUCGUUCUGCUCGGUCCCGUCGCUGUGUCUGUGAUUGACGGUCUGUGUCAACGAACGAGCAGCAAUGGUGGACGGUUUUGUAAACCAGAACAUGCACCCGUCGACAGCAAUGGUGAGAGCGACUUAGACAAAGCCAUCGACGUCGUAACGACCAAUGGCACACAAGUCACUGGCCAACAGAUUGCUUCAAUAGCCGAGAAGAGAAUGCAUUGCCUCCUGGCUGGAUUGAGUAAGGACGAUAUUCAAAGGUUGUGCGACAUGCGCUUGCACCCGAUCGUGAUUUUGUUGGAGGCGAAGAACACGAGAAAGAUCGUGAGGGCCAUUGGUGUGAGAGAUUCCGAAGCAAGUUUGAUGAUUACAACAGCCAACAGCCAAAAAGAAGCGGUUACUAACGCCGGCCUGCUGAGCGCAACUCUUCAGAGUGGUGGCAUACUGCAGAAAACCAUCAGUCGUACGGCCGAUCUUGUCAAGCUGCUACAGGAGGCUCUCUAUUGGCUACCGUCCGAGACUCAACUGUGAAGAAGUCGAAUUCACGCGCUCAACAAACUUGACAAUAUGAUGAUGAUGUUUAGAUAAUAAUGUGGGCGUGGAUCAUUACAUAUUGCUGUUUGUUGGGAUUGGUAUCAUUCCAUAUGUUUAAGUAUGAUUGCUUAUGCGGGUGACUUAUUGUUAUCCGGGACUUGCUUAUUAACCAGGACUUAUUUGACCAUCAGGAUGGCAAAUACACAAUUUCGUGAUAUUGUGUGUG